AGCGUUGGGUGGGCGGGGCGAAACAGGCGAGGACUUCCUGCUUCGUGGACACGUGGUUCCGUAUCUCAAUGCCUGUCAGUGGAGGCGACGCGCUCCAACGCACCUCUCCCUUUUUCUUUUUCUUUUUUGCUCCUUGAAGAACCUUUUCCUCGUCUUACUCCCGCCCUCCUUCUCUCGUCAACUUUGUUCGUGUUGAUAGCAGCCGACUGGCAGGCCGCGCGCUCGCUGGUUCGAGAGAAGCGUGAAGUGCUAAGGUGUGCCUGUGCGAUAUUGUAUGCGUGUGUGUGGGGGAGCUGGCCGGCCGUCCGCGUUGUCCUCCCCAACAUCCCGCCUCGUUGUGUCGGUCAUGACGCUGGAAGCGAUUCGCUACCGUGCCGGGUCUCUGCAGAUCCUCAACCAGCUGGUGCUGCCUCACCAGACAGUCUACGAUGACAUCCGCUCGGUGCAGGACGCCUAUGAGGCCAUCAAGUCCAUGAAGGUCCGGGGUGCCCCAGCCAUCGCCAUCGUAGGAUGCCUCAGCUUGGCUGUAGAGUUGCGAGGAGGUGCGGGAGGCGAUGACCCGGUGACGUUCAUCCGUGAGUCUUUGUGUCGCCUGACGUCAGCCAGGCCCACCGCUGUCAACAUGGGCCGCGCCGCACGCGAACUAAUGGAGUUUGCCGAGAACGAGAGCAUGGAGAAGAACUCCGAGCAGCUGAGAGAAAGUGUAAUAGCCUGGAUUGAAGACAUGCUGGAGCGAGACGUCAAUGACAACAAGAAGAUCGGCAACUAUGGUGCCCAGCAUAUCCUUUCGGGCGUCCCGAGGGACUCCGUGACCAUCCUGACACACUGCAACACUGGCUCGCUCGCUACGGCUGGAUACGGGACUGCUCUAGGAGUUGUGCGGAGCCUCCACACACUGGGCAGGCUCAAACGUGUCUACUGCACAGAGACGAGGCCGUACAACCAGGGGUCUCGACUCACAGCGUACGAAGCCGUUGCAGAGGGAAUCCCCGCUACGCUCAUCACAGACAGCAUGGCGGCCCUCACCAUGAGAGAAAUGAACAUCACAGCUGUGGUGGUAGGAGCAGACAGGGUGGUUGCCAAUGGCGACACAGCUAACAAAGUGGGAACUUACCAGCUAGCCAUUGCGGCCAAGCAUCACGGGAUUCCUUUCUAUGUGGCCGCUCCCAGCACGUCAUGUGACUUAAGCCUGGAAAGUGGCAGGGACAUCAUCAUCGAAGUCCGCCCACCCGAGGAACUCACCAGUAUAAAUGGAGUCCCCAUUGCUGCUUCAGGUAUCGAGGUGUGGAACCCAGCAUUUGACGUGACUCCUCAUCAGCUCAUCACGGGAGGAAUCAUCACAGAGUUGGGGGUCUUCCUUCCCUCAGAGCUGCAGGCAGCCCUCACUGGCCGCCUGACUGCUCUCUAGAGCGCUAACUGCUGGCACUUUGGUGCCACUGCACCUUACUGUCAGACACUCAAAGACACUCAUCUUGUUAUAUCUCACACACGUACACUGUCAUGAUCCAUCCUUCCAUCCAUCCAUUUUCGACACUGCUCAUCCUGGUUCGGGUCGCGGGGCGCUGGAGCCCAUCUCUUCGAGCGAAAGGUGGACUACACCCUGAACUGGUCGCCAGUCAGUCGCAGGGCACAUAUAGACAAAGAAAAUCGUUCACACCGUCACUGAGUGGGAAGGGAAGCCACGCUGCCCGUGCCAAAGUCAGGCAAGUGUACCACUAUGCCAUCAGUGACCCACAGUCAUGAUGUGAUUACAUUUUGGUUAAAAAAAAAAAAAAAAAAAUUAAAGCAGUCAAAUGUCAGCAGAAGAAAACGUUUUUACCUUUCCCACGCUUUUGCGCACACUUACACAAAGUGAAAUACACUGCAGUGAGGCAAACAGACGCGUGCAAAUACCCCCACUCCUUUUUCUUAGUUUUCCCACAAUGACUCCAGUUUCUCAGUUGUCAUGCUGCUCAUAAUUUUUGGCUGUUUUAUUGUCUUUUCAAAAGGCUCAGCUGACUCUAUAAUCAUUUAACUGUGAUUGGCAACAAAUUUUGAGUCAUAACUGAGGGGAAUUUUCUGGUCAACUGCAAACAGUAAUCCUGUUGAACAGAUUGGUUUUCAUAUUAAAUUUAGGAUUCUGAUCAGUUAUGGUUUCUGUAGGUGCUGCUGUCCACUUGUAAAUAUAUGUCUGUCCUUGCUGGUAGCGUGUGCAACGUGCAAGACAAAUCCACGUCUACUGCUGAUUUAAAAACUUAAAAUGACACGUGGUGGCAUCAAAAUGUUAUAUUAACAUUUCAUUUUUGUCUUUGUGUGGAUACUUUAGUAGGAAUGUCAUCCAAAUUUAUAGCUGUACUAUGAAAAAAAAAAAAUCAUUUUUUUAGCCUGUGUGGGAUUCUUUUUCAAAAAGACUUUUAAGGGCCCCAAGAUGACACAUGGCUGUAUUUAUACAGUACUUAUUACAAUAUUAUCCACUAACAGUAUAUAUGUAGCCAUACUUCUUUCCAAACCAUUUUCACCACGUUCAUCAUUUUCUGCACUCUUCUAGAAUCUAGAAAAAGGGAGAGAGAGUACUGUAUCACCUAAACAGCUUUUGCUGUGACUCCUCAAAUUCAGUGUACGUACACAGCUAGGGACAGUUGAUCACUAAAUAAAAGUUUGACAUUCAAGUGUGAAUUGUUGAUUUUUUUUUUUUUUACCCUCUAUUAACAAGGGUGGGUUAUUUAUUGUUUCUUCUUGGUACCCACUGAACUUGCCAAUUAGAAAUGACUUUCAGAAAGCAAAAAUGAGCCAAAUGGCUGAUUGGCACACUGAAAAUUCUCCGGGAGGUCUUUCCUAGCUGCAGAUCCUCUGAAGUUCCUUGUAUUUUUG